CUCAUAAUUUUCAUUGACUCAACGAUUCUCGCUCUUUCCCCAUUUGAGUGCUUCUGAGGUCUGUUAGCUCGAAUUCUCUCUAUCAAGUGGGGUGAUAGAUACCAAAUCAAGAAGCAAAAGAUGCAUCCUCCACUUACACCACAUAGACAUCCAAUGUGUCUGGAGAUAAUUGAGGAAUUCCAAAAGUGUCAUUCAGAGCAUCCGCUUGGAAAAUUCUUCGGGGAGUGUACAGAGCUGAAAGUAAAGCUUGAUCGAUGUUUCCGCCAAGAGAAAGCUGUGAAGCGGAAGGUAAAUUUCGAACAAAGCAAGAAACUUCAAGAAAGACUGAAAGCUAUGAGGAAAGAAGAAACUGCAGAGACUUGAGCACUGUUGGAUACUAAUCCGAUAAAGAACAUAUAUGUCUAUUCCGAUACAACACGUUUUCAAAAUUCCGAUCCAGGAAGAUUAUAUUGUUACAUCUAUCUAUUGAGUAGGAGGGAUUAGGGUUUGAAAUAAGGUGAGGUCGUUAUUGGAGUGUUAAGAGGCUAUAAUUAGCUUGGUCUGCAACAAUCAUGUUCUUAACACAAUUUGCUUUGUUUAUGUAUUACAAGUAGCGACACACAACAACAUUUAAUUAUGGCUACAAGAUUGUUUUGCAUUCGACUUCUAAGGUCCCCCUUACAUUGGUACUUCUCAAUCUCUCUUUGAUCUCCAUG